GCGGGUCAUUGAAGGUGAUCGGUCUAGUUAACUUGAACUAUUAACUCAUCCACAUGAUAUGAUGGAAAUCCAUGACUUGUGAAGUUCAAUAAUAAAUCCUAUUAUCAUGAAAACUCAGAGUCUCCCGGAACGUCUUGCAGAAUAUUUUGUGAUUUGUGGCUUGCCCAAGAAUCCAAGUCCAUAUGACGUUUCCAAGAUCCUUACACAUGCGGAGGAGAUAAUCGCUCCCAAUACUUCGAUUGACUUCACGCGAUUCCCUGAACCUAUUGUUGAUAUUAAGAUUGUUAGUUUAAGAGAGAAAGAAGAAAUACCGGAAGGGUAUACAUGUAUUAAAUACAGUGUCUCUGGGAAGCACAAAGCCAACAUCCUUUUGAAUUUUGGAGAGGAGGCCUGUAUAUGUUACCGUAGAGGACGAGAUCAACCAUUUAUAAAAGAUAUCGACACUUUGGGAGAGAAACAAUGCCCUAAAACUAACGCGGUGGUUUUGUCAAGAACUAUUGGAGGUCGUGCUGCGGACUUACCCAGUUCUUUAACGAACCGUUUGUUUUUAUCAUAUCUACGAGGUACUGCCGAGAACAGCAUUGACUGCCUAGCAGUAACUGAUCUAUGUAUUAUCAUUCCGGAAAAACAAGAGACUUGUCCUCCAGCUUACCGACAAGUCACGGAACCUAUAUGUAUAAGUUCAUUCAGAUUAAAAGCCUAUAUUUGUUAUCGCAAGUCACUUGUAAAACAAUGUAUAAUUUCCUAUAAACCUGAGGUAUUAUAUUGGUAUAGAGUUCCAAGCGUUGAUUACAAUUUUUCAAAUCCCAGUAUACAUAAUGAAAAUUCGCAGUAUCCCUUGGUUGUUCCCAACAAACCAUCUAAUGACCCUCCUGAAAUGUGUGACCAACUCAACAAUUGGAUGGAUGAUAAAACCUGUUCAGAUUUUACACCAGAAUCUCAAGUUGCUCCAUUAGAUCCGGAUAUAUUUCAAGUAGCCAAUUUCUGUCUUCCAUGGGGUGCAUCAAUUGAAUCAUGGUCUGUGAAUCAAGAUCCACCUGAAGUUAAUUCUUUCACAUUUAUGCUUACAAAUGAAGCUUACCAAAAGCUUUAUGGUGUUGCACUUACUUUCUAUGAACCUUAUAUUGAAGAAUUAGAUCUACAUAAAUGCUACUGUUUAGGAGUUGAUCCAGAGUUAAUUAAUUCCAGAUCUAGUACAGAUUCAGUAAAUCAUGAAUAUGAUCCUAAUGAAGAGGCAAUAGCUAAACGACAACGUCAUUUUUUAGCAUCACGUGUUGGUGAUCGUGUUAUUGGUGUGACGAAAACUCUUUGUAUACUUUCUCGUUGGUCAUUCACUUUACCAUUUUCUAAUUUUUUGGGAUUUCUAUACAGUCGAUGUUUGUUAUCAAAUAAUUUGGAUAAUAUUCCAUUUGAACGGUAUUUAGGUUAUUUCUUAUUUGAAAUUCCUUUUCCUGAUCGAGCAAUACCAAGUAUAUCUGUUGAUCUAUGUGCUGCUCCUAUUCUAAUUCAACGUCCAGAUGACACUAAUGCAUCUUCUUCAAGUUGUGAAUCAUUCUUUCGUCUUUUGGAUAAUUUAAGUGUGGAUUUAAUUAUUCAAUUAUUGGUUCAACUACUUACUGAACAAAAAAUUCUUAUGUCAUCUGUACGACAUUCAGUAUUGAGCGAUAUUGGUGAAGCUUUAAUAUACAUGAUAUUCCCAUUGAAAUGGACAGUUGUAUAUAUUCCAUACAUAUAUAUGGGCUGUAUUCAUGUGAUUCAAUCACCUUCACCAUAUUUAAUUGGAAUGGACUCAAGAUUUUUUGACUUUUUCCGUUUACCACCUAAUGGUGGCAUUGCCUAUCUUGACUUGGAUACAAAUAAUUUCAAGCCACCAUUAGCACCGGGUCAACCAAUAUUUGAUUCAAAAGUUCUCCCCAAAAAACCAUUGAAACAAUUAAAAACAAGAUUAUUAGAAUUAAAAGAGAAAAUAUUUCAAAUGAAAAAUACUCGUAAAACAUCAUCUAAAAUGAUACCUAGAAAUAUGAUGUUAGAUUGUAUGUUUUCAACAUCAAAUUCAGAAUUAGCUGAAGAUGAAUUAAUUAAAGUUCGUAAACGUUGGUUACAAGAACUCAAUGAAAUGACACAAAUUGGUUCAUGUAUUAAAGAAGCAUUUCUACAAUUUAUGGUGCAUUUAUUGAAAGAUUAUCGUUUAUGUCUUGUACCUGUUCGUAAUUCUCAAACGGAUAUUAUGUUUAAUAUUGAACAUUUCUUACGAGAAUGCGCUGAUAAGCAUACAAUACCAUUUUAUCGUGCUUUAUUUGAAACACAACAGUGGAAUAAUUUUGUUCGUGAUCGAAUUUACGCUUCAUCACGUGAUGAAGAAUUGGAUUAUUUCGAUAAUCGUAUUGAAUUAUUGCUAGAAAGUGAAUCGAAAUCUCGACCACAUCAUCAUCAACAUCUUCAUCGUUCUCGUAAUAAUAUUAGUUUAACAACUAUGAGUAAUAUAUUCACAAUUAAACGAUCGGCAUCAUCGUCUCAUGAACAACUGAGCAUUACAAAUAAUCAUAAUAGUAAUAGUAGUAGUAAUAAUCAUCUAAGCUAUGCGGAUCAUAAUAAUCAUUCAGAAGAUCGAUCAGUGUCAAGUAACACAUCGAUCAAAGAUAGAUCGGAUGAAUCGACGGAUUCACAGCUUUCAAGUGAUUUAGGGCUUUUACCUAAUAAUAACAAUCUGUGUAUAACAGUUAUUAGUCCUCCAUGUUGGCCAGUUCCUGAAUUCGUCGACACACCUCAACUGCAACACUUAUUAUGGACAAAAGAAUAUUCACUCGGUUUUUUCCCAACUAAUAUUAAUUCUACAUUAUUAGACUUAUUAGCUUCAAGAGCAUUUCUUUUAAAAGCUACUUUGUCAAAUAAUUCUAUAAUCACACCAAUGUUUAAUGUUAAUGAUAACCCUGAUAAUUCCACUCUAAUUACUACAUUGAUAACAUCAGUACCAGAAGAGGUUAAAAAUAAAGAGAAUUGCAUUUCUUCUAAUUCUACCAUCUGUAGUGAUAUGCUUUUAUCACCAACUCCUGUCAACUGUUGGUCAAAAUCCCCAGUAAAUACCAAUAUAUUAGACCAUAAUCCAGAUUCUCGAACACCGACUGGAAUGUCAAUAUUAAUGAUGACAAAACUACAACUUAACACUACUCAAAGAUUUGGCUCAUUAAUGUUAGUAAACAGUCCAUCUCCACUAAUUAUUCGUUCAAAUCGUCCAGAGAAUACGAGUUUAAUUGGUUUGAGUACAAAAUAUUGUUUACCAGUGAAUAAUGCAACUAUUUUAAAGCGUACAUCGCAAGAAUUACGAUAUACGCUAAAUCAUUGUAUUAGUAUUUCAGAAACUGAUGAUUAUACGAAAGUCAAGUAUUUAGCAGGAUCUGCCUAUUCAAUUUGGUUUAUGUUAUUACCAGGUUAUCUAUCUUCUGUGUAUAAAUACUAUACAGAUGAAAUUGACAAUAUAAAUCAUUGUGUGAAUAAAACUGAAAUUGUUAAUGAAUAUCAUAAUGUACAACAACAGAGUGGAAGUACAGGGUGUAAAUUAUUCAAUCCUAUUAUUAGUAAUAACAAUAACGAUAAUAAUAAUAAUAAUGGUAAUUAUCUUGAAGUGAUGAAUGUAAUUAAACAAAUUAUAAUACAAUCGCUUGGUGUAUACAAGAGAAUACACGACUAUGAACUUGAAGUUCCUGAUCAGGUUGCUUUACGAAUAUUGUUAGUGUUAUUGUAUCAAAAUCGUAUUGAAGAUUUCGAUUUACUGAAGUUCAUUAAUUCAGUAGACUGGUCAUCAUCGUCAUCUGGAAUUGCGAAUCAUAUUUACAAAGCAUUUGAGAAAGAGCUGAGAGAACACGAAAGAUUGGAAAACGAACGUUUGAUGUCCACAUCUAAACAUCAUAGUCAUCGUCGUUCGGCUUCUGCCGAUACUGAACUGAAUCCAUCUACACAAAUUAAUAGUUCUGAAAAUACAACUGGCGUCAUAGUACCUCAACCGUUUAAUUCAUCUGAUGAUCUUACUGAUCAAGGGUAUUCAACGUUGAAUAUACAUGAAGAUAAGACAAGUUCAGAUCAAGACUGGUCACCUGUUGUUGACCAAUCUACAAAUAUCAACAAUGAUUCGAUGUCAUGUGUUGUUUCAACCGAUGAUAAUCAUCCACUUCCAAUGGAACAACAUCAACGAAUUCAAGAAUUAACAGAAAAUCAUCAAGAAUCAUCUGUUAUUGGUAACGGUGACGACACUUUAUGUCAUCACAGUUCACAGUCAAAAGAACACAUAACUAGUUGCAGUUCAAAUACUGUCGGCCAAUCUAUACCUUCUUCCAGUUUAAAUUGUCUUCAGACAUCAAGCUUGAGUAAUGUUGAACAAUCAGAUCCAACUAUAGUUAUUGGUAAUGAUGAUGAAAAUAAUGUAACACACGUAAGGGAAAACCCUUCAUCAAUAGUGGAGAAUCAUAUUAGUGCUCCUGACACUGUUAAGUCUGUCUCUGCCUCAGCUGACGUUAUUAAUGAUCACAACAAUAGUAGUAGCAGUAGUAAUGGUACCAAUCUCAGUGAUGAUGAUUCAUGCGCAGAUGAUGAUGAAGAUUCUGAAAAUGAACACAUUCAUUACGGAUAUAAUUUACUAUCAUCAGCGCUAUCAAAAAUCAAACGUCCAUUCCUUCAACAUUAUAAUACUUCGCCUGCUACUACUACUACUACCACUCAUAAUCCGUCGUCGUAUCAUCGUACUCCUUAUUCACAUCAUAGUAGUAUAGAUGUGACUCGAGAUAGUAAACAUUUAUUAUUUUCAAAAUCAUCUAGACAAUCAUUUGAUGAUAAUUCUUCGUCAAUUAAUGUUAUAAGACAAUCAGCGCAUCAUCAAAAUAUUAUGACUAGUAUUCCGACUACCACUACUACCACUUCUGUUACUACUACUAAUGAUAAUUCAAAUUUGACAGCUACACUUGUGGAUAAUAAUAAUAAUAAUAAUAAUAAUAAUAAUGUUGAUAAUGAUGAUGAUGAUGUUGAAGACAACGACGAAGACAAUGAAGAUGCUAAUGCACAGACCAAAGUUUCAGUUGUUCAUAAUGCAUUGAACUUUUUUAAUAGAUCUACAUCGGAUUUUAUCAAUCGUAUCAAUAUGAAUCGAUCUUUAUUAGAUUGGCGUUCUCUUAUUCCAAGUUUAUCCACAAAUCCAACUCCACAAUCAGGAAGACGUGCAACUACUUCAAAUUGUUUUACAGGUUCAAAUUUAACUAAUCAACAUGGAGGUUGUCAUAUUCAACCACAAAAUCAAUAUUAUCCUUUACCACCACAAUAUCAACCACAAAGUGAACGUAUUUCACGUGUUUCAUGGUCUAAACCAUCAUGUAUAGAAAUGAAAAAUACUGAUUCAACUUAUAAUCAAUCUUCUGAUAAUAUCCCAUUUACUAAUACACAUAAACUAUCAGACUCUGGAUAUCUUGUAAAUCCAAUGAAUAGUAGAUUAUUGGAUAUGAAUGAUCAUUAUUAUGACAAUUAUUAUAACAAUAGUAAUGGUAAUUAUCAAUUAACUAGACAAUUUCCACAAGUUAAUAAUGCUUUAAAUAGUGUUUCGUCAAAUCAUUAUGAAUGUGAGUAUCAUUCUUCAGCUAAUCACGUAGAUGAUUCAAACUCGCUGAAUGAUAUGUGGAUCAAUGUCGCUGGUCCAUUACUGGUUGGCGAUGUCAAUCGGCGUAUAUCACCUGCCAAUACACGUACAAUACAUUUGCAACAGUCUUUAUACCAACAGUAUAUGUACAAUAGUACAUCACCAUUAUCGGUACCAGCUCCAUCAUUUUAUAUCAAUCAAAAUGAAUCAUCUCAUGUUAUCCCAACACUGAAUAAUACUUAUCAUGGAUUAACAACACCAAAGCAUGAUAAUUCAACCACUUCAAUACCAGUUACAGUAGCAACAAUAACAACUCCAAAUAUUGCUUCACAACAGCUGACUUCGAAUCCAGAUGAUCAUCAAACAACUUCAGUAGUUAGUGAUUCUUGUUUAUUUUCAAAAAUCACUACACCAACUGUCCAAUCACAAUCCCGGCUUCUUAGCCAUAGUGAUAACAAUAGUAAUAAAGAAUCAUCACCAUCUUUUUCUUCCACAUCGACAACAAUAUCAGAUGGUAGCCAACUUCCUAACGUUAAUGGAAACAAUAAUAAUAAUAUUAUUACUCAUUUGAAUGUAUUCAUCACAACUUGUUCCACAUGUCCAAAGUGUAAACAUUAUGUUUAUGAUGAAGAGAUAAUGGCUGGUUGGUCUACAGAUGAAAAUGAUUAUAGAACAUUUUGUCCAUUUUGUAAAACUUACUUUAUACCACAAUUGUCAAUACGUAUAUUUGGUGAUACAUGUGGAGGUGUUGGAGGUGGUGUUUAUAAUCAGUCAACAAAAUUACAACAACGUCAACAGUCAAGAGAACAACACUUACGUACAACUUUUUCUCAGUCGUCGAAUAAUCCGUCCAAUCUUCAGUGUGAUAGAAAUGAUUCAACUGAAUCAAUUCAAUUUAAAUCAUGCACCUCAGCACCAAUGCAAAGUACUUCUAUGGGUCUAAUGGAAAUGACCUUUUCUUAUUUAAGUCCAUUUGUCAUUAGAAAAUCUUUAGAAACUAUUAUUCAAAAUGAAGGUGAUGAAUGUUUACAUUGUCAAUCAAUUCAAUAUUCUUUAUUACAUCGUCAUACUCAAUUAACAUGGAAUUUAGUAUGGUUAAUGUAUCGUUUAGGUUUACCAACAUAUUUAUUAGAUUCAUUACCAUUAUGGAUAAUGAAUUAUCAAAUUGAACAACGUAUUAAAUUUAAAACAAAUCCAUCACAUACUCAUCGGCAUCAUCAUCAUUGUUCACAACAGUGUAAUUGUAAUAAUAAGCAAAUACAUAAUAACCAUUCAAUUAUAUUUACUGAUGCACUUUAUCAAGUUCAUUUAUCCCCCAAUUUACCUGUAUAUAUAUCAUUACGUUGGAAUGCAACACAUCCUGUACGAAGCGUUAUGAGAAAUUCAUUGUAUAAAUAUUGGUCCAAUUUUAGAAAUUCAGAUCAAAAUUCACCUUGGUCUUUGGUUAGAGUGACCAGUUCACAAGAAACUUUGAAUCCACAAACUAUAAAUAGUAAUGGGAAUAGUUGUUGUUCAAUUCAUGCAACUAUUGAUCAGUUGAUUAAUGCUAUUAAAAAUGAUAAUAUGCGAUUUGCUGUAGAAUAUCUCAUACAAAUACGUGCACAUCUACAAUUUAAUUCUUCAUUACCAUUAACUAUUACACAAUCACGUACAACAUUUUCACCGCCACCACCAUCAUCAUCACCAUUAACAACAGUCGGAGCAACAACUUCACCAUCAUCAAUACAAACACAAACAUCGGAAUUAUUAUCUGAAAUAAAUAAAAACCAAUUGAAUUCAAACAAUACAAAUCAUGUUCAAUUACAAUCUACAGUAGAGAUAGGAGAUUUUAAAAUGAGACGAAAUAAAUUAAAUCAGCAAAAUCGAUGUGGUAAUAUUGAAUGUUAUGCAGCAUGUUUGGAAAAUUCACUUUAUCGUGAAUUAUUAUUUUUAAUUGUACAAGCAUUGUCACGAACAUCGUUGGAUCUAAUGUCAUUCGACGAAAAAUAUGAUAUAGUUUAUCGAUCAUUCAGAAACUCUGGUUGUACAUUUCUAACUGAUUUUGACCAAUCACCAACCCUGAUAGCUUCACUUUGUCGUCAAAUGCUACGCCCGUUAACAUUGAGACCAUAAACUAUCAUUAAUCAGCUGUGUAUCGUUUUAGGCCAAAAUUACUAUAUUGAAACCUUUCCAGUUUGUUUAUUUUUCGUUUCUCUUCCUUCUCUUUGUCCACAUGAUCAAUGUGAAUGACUGGAAGACUCCAUGAUAUGAUGAACCAUUCUAUCUCAUUAUGCAUCAGUCAAUCAGUGAAUUAUUCAUAUGUUUUCUACUUACAUUGUCAUAUUUAGAUAUGUAUUUUGUUCAUUUGUCAAUCAUGUAUUGUCGGUGUGUGUGUGUGUGUGUGUGCGCGGAUGAAUGAAUAGAUGGAUGAUGAACAUGUGUACGUACACCUCAGUUAUUGGCUGUGAAAAGGAAAUAUAAUCAUGUUACUAAAUUGAUUUACAUUCAUCUAAUUUCAUUAUUCUUACUUGUUGAUUCUUUUUUUUCUUUCUUAUUUAUUUUUGUGCAACUCAUUCUUAGUUUUGUUGUUAAGAUGAGAACUUAUUUUGUGGUUAUAUAUCAGCACUAUUCCUGUUAAAUAUUAUUUGUAUUACAAAUGAACAUUGUUCGUUAUUAUUAUUAUUAUUAUAAUUGACCACUUAGCUAAAACUAGCUUAUUGUGCAAUGAUGAUCAUUAUGAUACUUUGUAAACAAAUUUCUUAAUCCUUUCUCUCUAUUCAUUGUCAUUAUUCAUUCAGUUGUCUUAUUCAUUCACUACUGUCAUUAUCAUUACUGAUUAUAAUUACGUUCAUAUAUCUAUCUAAUUCGUAUAGUACUAUUCAAUACAACGUCUAGAUAGAGAAUAUAUAUACACACUGUAUUGGUAGAUUUAUACCAUUAUACAUAUUAUUAAUAGUUACUUCAUUGCCUAUAUAACUAACUGGGGAUAAUAAUAAUAAUAAUAAUCUGCCCGUCGUCGUCGUCACCUCUGACCCCCCCUCUCUUGUCACUCUUGUUUAAUAUAUCAUAACUAUUCUUAUACAAUUUCGAAUGUAUGAUCGAAUAGAAAUAUCGAAAGUAUUGAGAGUUAAAUAAAAAUGCAUGAAAUUAUGUCAUCAUUCAUUGUUGACUUUCAAAUAUCUAUUUGUUUGUUUGUUUACAAUUCUCUUGUGCUCAUUUACUCUUACAUAAUUUUGAAUGUAUACACACAAUUUUCUUGUUGUUUAAUCCUUUUUUUCGUUUACGAAUUUUCACUUUUCUUUUCCUCUUUCUCAAUGGAACAACAUUCCAUUCGAUAUUCUUUGUGUAUAACACUUUCAAGUUUCAUUUAUCUUUAUAUUUCUAUUCAUGUAUUACUCAUUCGUUUUAAGUAGUAGUAGUAGUAACCUACUAACGUAUCGUCAUGCUAUUCCCCUAGUAUAUUCAUAUAUAUAUUAUGCUGUCUUAUCGCAUCUUUCAAUAAGAACGUUUCUUGUUUGUUGUUGUUGUUUUUUUUUUAUUGAGAAAGAUUAAUUUAUUACUACAGGCAUUUAUCAAGUUGUGUUGAUUUCAUUAAAAGAAAACUUUUUAUAACUACAAUAGCUUCUUUUUUACUUUCUCUCAUUGUUAUUGUUUUAAUUGAUGAUGUGAUUUUAUCUCUUCUUUGUUUCAUUGUUUAUAAUAAUCUAAAAUGAUUAUAUAAAAUGGGUAGAUGGAUAUUAGUAGGAAGGUGUAAACCUAUCAAUUUUGAAUUAGAGAAGUACACAUAAAAGAUAUUUCUAACCUAGAUCGGAUGAUGAUGAUGAUGAUGAUGAUGAUGAUAGCAACCGAUAGUUAGAGACCUUGAAUGACAUGGCUCAAAAUCGUUUGCAAUGGCGCAGGUGCAUCCAUUGUUUGUGUUCUCCCAAGUUCUAAUCUCCUGAUUCCUCCUAGUCUUCUUUUUUUCUCUCUUCCCAAAUUUAUUUCACUGGAUUAUACUCCUUGAAUAACAUCUUCAAACCCUAAUGUUUCCGAUUACUGCUUAUACUCUUACUACCUCUAACCACUACGGGAUUUGAAUCGACAACUGCAUCUCUGUGCUAAUGUGGUAUGGCAACUCGAACUGAUGUACGUACGUAUGUUAUGUUUGAAAGCUUCACAAGUUCACUUAAAUCUACGAACGAGAACAAGACUAAGUGACCAAAGACCAGUAAUCUAACUAUUGAUGCGUUCCAGCCCCGCUAUCUAGAAGGAGAAGUCCAAGUUUGAUAUGGAAAAUAUAUUCUGCAAACAGCCAGAAACGAGCCCACAAACACAAUUUAAAACAAUCAAAUUUAUUCAUCGAAAGG